GGAGGAAAAAAUAGGAGGGACAAGCAUGCAAAGCCUCGUCUCUCUGUCCGUGGCUGCAGCACGUCGUUGUCUUGCAUUCAAGGCAGAGGGAAGAGGACACAGCAGCAUUUAAGCUUUCAGAGUAAAAUAGGUCUACUCUGGGGGCUGAUGGUGUUCUUGGCGCACAGUGUUAGAUACUUGCAGUAAAACUAAAAAAGACUUGACAGUGGUGAACACUAGCUAGCUAAGCAAGUCAAGAUGAUUCCAGACAAAGCGCCAAGGGAGGACGUAUAUCAUGCUGGUGGCGAUUUGAAGAAAGAGGCCCAUAUACCCAGCUUUGAGAAAUACAAGGAAAUGUAUAUGAAAUCGAUUGAGAACCCUGACGAGUUUUGGGGAGACAUUUCCAAAGAUUUCUUCUGGAAAACGAAGCACACAGGGCAAUUCAUGGACUACAACUUCGAUGUCACCAAGGGUGAGAUCUUCGUCAAGUGCAUGGAAGGGGCCACCACCAACAUCUGCUACAAUGUGCUGGAUCGCAACGUACAUGAGAAGAAACUGGGGGACAACAUUGCCUUCUACUGGGAAGGGAAUGAGCCAGGGGAUGAGAUGACCAUAACAUACAGGGAGCUUCUCCAGCGAGUCUGCAAGUUUGCCAAUGUCCUGAAGUCACAAGGUGUGAAGAAGGGGGACCGUGUGUCCAUCUACAUGCCCAUGGUGGUGGAGCUGGUGGUGGCUAUGCUGGCCUGUGCUCGCAUCGGAGCCGUGCACUCCAUCGUGUUUGCCGGCUUCUCGGCGGAAUCCCUGUGCGAGAGGAUCUUGGACUCGCAGUGUUCGUUGCUUAUCACUGCUGAUGGCUUUUAUAGAGGAGAUAAGCUGAUCAACCUGAAGGUGAUCGCUGACGAUGCACUGCAGAAGUGCAGGGACAAAGGUGUUCCUAUUAAGAGGUGUAUCAUACUGAAGCAUCUGUCUAAAGAGGAGGCCGCUGCCCCGGGCUCCCAGUCUCCUCCUGCCAAACGCCCCUGUCCUGACCUGCAGCAGGAGAAACAGAAAGAAAGAGUAAAGAGGGUCCGCCCCGUCCCCCAGGUGCCAUGGAACCCGGACGUGGACCGGUGCUGGCACACGCUGAUGGACGGAGUGUCGGACGAGUGCGAGCCGGAGUGGUGCAACUCGGAGGACCCCCUCUUCAUCCUCUACACCAGCGGCUCUACGGGGAAACCCAAGGGAGUACUGCACACAGUGAGUGGGUAUAUGCUGUACACAGCCACCACCUUCAAGCUGGUGUUUGACUACCAGCCGUCAGACGUAUACUGGUGCACAGCAGACAUCGGCUGGAUCACGGGUCACUCCUACAUCACCUACGGCCCCCUGGCCAAUGGGGCCACCAGUGUGCUGUUUGAGGGUCUGCCCACCUACCCUGAGGUGAGCCGCAUGUGGGAGAUUGUUGAUAAGUACCGCGUGACCAAGUUCUACACGGCGCCCACCGCCAUCCGCCUGCUCAUGAAGUACGGCAGUGAGCCCGUGAAGAAGUGUAAGCGGGACUCUCUGAAGGUGCUGGGGACUGUGGGGGAGCCCAUCAACCCGGAGGCCUGGCAGUGGUACUACACCGUGGUGGGGGAGAGGAGGUGCCCGGUGGUGGACACCUUCUGGCAGACGGAAACGGGCGGACACGUGUUGACACCGCUUCCAGCAGCAACACCCAUGAAGCCGGGAUCAGCAACCUUUCCAUUCUUUGGAGUUGUUCCUGCCAUCCUGAAUGAGUCAGGAGAGGAGCUGGAGGGACCAAGUGAUGGUUACCUGGUGUUCAAACAGCCAUGGCCAGGCCUGAUGAGGACAGUGUACAACAACCACCCAAGGUUUGAGACCACCUACUUCAAGAAAUUCCCUGGAUACUAUGUCACAGGAGAUGGUUGCCGUAGGGAUAAGGACGGGUACUACUGGAUCACAGGGAGGAUAGAUGACAUGCUAAAUGUGUCUGGUCACUUGUUGAGCACAGCGGAGGUGGAGUCAGCACUGGUGGAGCAUGAGGCGGUAGCGGAGGCAGCGGUGGUGGGACGGCCUCACCCGGUGAAAGGCGAGAGCCUCUAUUGCUUCGUCACGCUCAACGACGGAGUCAACUACAGCCGAACGCUGGAGGCCGAACUCAAGCAGCAGGUGAGGGAGAAGAUUGGUGCCAUUGCCACACCAGACUACAUUCAGAAUGCUCCGAGCCUUCCCAAAACCAGAUCAGGUAAGAUUAUGCGGCGCGUGCUUCGCAAGAUCGCCAGUAAUGAGCGCGACCUGGGCGACGUGUCCACAUUGGCCGACAGCUCGGUCAUCGAGCAACUCUUCCAGAACCGCUGCUGCACUACCGUCUGACCAGCAGGGGGAGCCGGCCUGCAGUGGCACACUCCACGUCCAAUAGGGGCGGCUAAUGGGGGAGAGCAGAGUCUAUGGGAUAGGGUGGGUAGGGUAGAGUAGAGUUAGGGUAAAGCAUAGAGAGAUGGGUGAGGGAAAGGGCCAGAACAACCAUGGAGAUGUAUAAAUCGCGCUGUGGAGACCAGACUGCCAGGAACAUCUGGGAUCCUUUCAGAUGGACAGGAAACUAAAAUAUGAAAUAAGAGAAGAAAUAUCUCUGUUCUACACUAGGGGCAGAGUAGAUCUGUAUAUUAGCAUUAUUUCGUUUUUAACCAUGUUUUGUUUUGUUGUUUUUUUUUUUUUUUUACAAUGUGUCCUUUUAUUUUUUUUGUAGAUGUAUUUUGUCUUUCAUGCCAUUCUUACCAUUGUUAGACACGCUUCACAUUGCAAUGACUGAGAUCAGACCCGGUCCUCUCCAAGAGUUGACCCGGUAGGCUGCUGCUUUAACCGCUUGUGGGUCAUUCUCUGUGUAGGAUGAUACAACUGAUUGUAUUUAAAUAGAAGGAAAGGACUAAGCAGUCAGGGUGUCAGGUUUUAUUUCUCUUUUUCUGUGAAGCGCUUUUUGUGGUCAUAGUCAUGCAUGUCGUAUUCAUGACUUUAAAGCUCUUGUGUGAAUGUGCCAACAACUUGGAAAAUGGGUUCCUUAUAAUUGUGUCUGUUUUGACAAACAGAGUUGAGUUUGUGUCCUAAUGUUUUUUCCUUACCAUGAAAUAAUAUUAUACCCUUAGCUUGUUGUAAGGGUGCAAGUACUUUUUUUAAUUUUAUUAAUGGUCUUUUAUUUUUUAAACCCAGGGCAAUAACAUUAUUCUCUAAAGAGGCCUCAAUCUUUCAACAUUGUCUGUAGACUUUCACAGUGGAGAAUGUCAAAACCUCGUCAAAACUAGCUCCCACUUCAGCUUGAGUUCUCUCUUCUAGAGGACGCUUCUGAGACACACACACACACACACACACACACACACACACACACACACACACACACACAAUCACACGCACAAUCACACACAUACAAACCACUCCUCUGUCCUCAGGUUCCUGUACUCUGCAUGAGUUGUGUUUGUGCUUCAUGUUCGGUUGUCCACCUGCCACACGUGACGUGACGUGGGUCUACAUAAGUGCUCCUCUCCUCCUCAGGAGAUCCCUGACGUGUCAAUGCUACCAAACCGAGCCUUCGCGUCAACUACGUGGUUCCUCUUUAGAACCUUUUAUUCCUUGUGCAUUGUAUCGCUUGAAUAAAUGAGUUCAGUGUGACAUCUUUUGGUAAAUGACUAAAUGUAAUAUUUUUGUGUUAGUCAAGUCAAGCCUGUAGCGGUGUCUUACCAUGAGACAAGAGUGUGGUGCUCCUUCACUUUUGUGCUUCAUUGUGUUUGGGCUCUGCAAUUGAGGUUCCUAUUGUAGGAGAAUUAACAGAUUUGAUUUAUUCCAAGCCUGUAGUGCAACUUGUGGACCUCAAAUAAGAAAACAAGAAAUUUCCACUUUAUUGUUGACUACCGACAUUCAGCUGUCAAAACAUUUUUUAUUUCUUUUCUGUGUAAACACUGUAAAAUACAUUUCCAAAGACAGAUCGGAGCCCUCAGAUGUCAUGCCUUUGAGUUAACGAAAUGCUCUUUGUUGUUUUCCGAUAAUCCUUUUUUGUUGUUGUUGUUCGUAUCAUCUCAGUGCAUCCAAGGGUCAUAAACAAUGUUUAAUGAUCGAAGGUGUGAAAGAAUAAAACAAACAACUGAAAGGAA